AUGGGCGGCCCACGGGCAGGCCCUCCUGGAGUCGAUCCUCGUCGAGGAAAGCUCAUGUGUGUCAAGGUCCGCUUACUGGACGAAUCGGUGGCUGUUUUUCACCUUGGCCAAAAGGCCACCGGUCAAACCCUCUUGGAAGAAGUAGCGCGCCAUCUCAACCUCCUCGAGUCCGACUAUUUUGGCCUAGAAUUUGUCGACAACGAGGGAUGUCACGUGUGGCUGGACAAGGACAAGACAAUUUUACGCCAAAUCGCCGGCACGACCGAUGUGAAAUUUCACCUGAUCGUAAAAUUUUAUACGCCGAACCCGAUGGACUUGGAGGAGGAGUACACGAGAUACCUCCUUUCGCUACAAAUCCGAAGAGAUCUCUCCCAAGGCCAUUUUCUUUGUGCUGACAGUACGGCAGCGUUGCUGGCAGCCUAUUUUGUGCAGUCGGAUUGUGGUGACUUCUCACCUGAUGACUACCCAGACCCAUCAUAUCUAUCCCACACCCGCUUCGUCCCAAAUCAAACCAUCCAUUUCCAGCAGAAAGUCAUGGAAUGCCACAAGAAGUUGAUUGGUCUCACCCCAGAGGAUGCUGAUAUGCAAAUGUUGGAGGUGGCCAGAAGAUGCGACUUUUACGGGAUCAAGCUCCAUCCAGCCAAGGAUAUUGAGGGAACAGAAGCGUGUCUUGCCGUCAUGCAUCUUGGAAUUAAAGUCUUCCAUCAGUUCCACUGUGUUUCGACCUUCAGCUGGGCAAAAAUUAGGAAGCUGUCGUUCAAGCGGAAAAAGCUGUUAAUAAAACUCCACCCAGACAGCUACCAAUGCUACAAGGAAACUAUCGAAUUCUACUUUGAAACCCGCAAUGAGUGCAAGAAUUUUUGGAAGAAAUGUGUGGAACAUCACGGUUUCUUUAGAUGCGUCCAAGUGGAAUUUCCUCGAAAAGACACAAAAUUAUUUAGUAAAGGAUCCGCUUUCAGAUUCCACGGCCGUACGCAAAGGCAACUGAUCGAUUAUGUGAGGGAGCAUCACAAACGGAGGGAGCCCUUUACCAGACCACUUCGUUCGGGUUACCACACUUGCGGCGUGGCAUCAUCCGUCGGCGGGGCCAUGAACAAGCAGGUACACUUGAUGCCAGACUAUCACGACCACGACAUCGUGAUCAUCUCUAUGAUCGUGGAGCUGUUUCUGAUGUUGAAGGCCCAUCUACCUCAUGCACUCGAUUCGAAUGAGAGCACUAGAAGAAGAGAUGGUGAAGUUGAUUUGGAUUCCAUUCUCAACACAAAUGACUCGACGGAGAUGUUUGAAAGUGAUUAUGGUCAAAGCACUUCUGAAGUAGCAGCUGUUGAAAAAAUUCGACAAGAUCUGAGAAUCCAGGAAAGGACACUGCUACGCGAUGCUGUUCUGAUUUCAAAGGUCCUUCACCAACGAAUUCUGGAUUUUACAAAGGAAUACUAUUUACUGGGGGAAAUGUUUACCUAUAUUGAUGCGAUUUCCAGCGCCAUUACCAGAUUCAUACAAGACCUCGAUGCACUGGAAACUGAAUCCCCGGAUUUGCCAACACGUUUUGCCACGCUUAUUCUGGCAGCGUCUGGCCCAUCUAUUUCAAAACAGGAUGCACUGCUCAGAAAUAUGACAACUUACAUCUCUGCCUUUUAUCAGCUUUAUCAAACAAAUACAGAAUUUAGGCGGACACUGCGGGAAUUCGAGCAAUCUCCCGAGUGUUACCUUCCGGUGGUGUGGUUAUUGGUACGCGUGAUGAAUAGGCUAUUUCACUGGCAGGAGGCCGGAGCAAGAAUUGUCGAGACAUUGUUAAGUUUUGGACAUGGCGAUGCAGCUUUGGGGACAGCUAGAAUGGCUGUUGAUUCAUUGGCUCACCACGCUGCAGCUACUGCUCAAAAGCGGAAAUUAUUGUACGACUUUGCGACGCUGCUUGAAAUUGAAAAAGCUCUGACCGGCAUCAGUCCAUUGACACAUCCAGACCGGCAGCUCCUCGUUGCGGGCCGAGUUUCCGAAAAUUGCGGAAUCGAUUUUAUACCCAGCUUGCUUCUCCUUUUCAAUGAUUCCCUCAUCAUUGCCCGACAAUCCGCAAACAAAUUUGCCGUCCUAAAAGUUAUCCAGAUGCACACACUGAAAUCGGGCUCGGUUAGUCAAAUAAUCCAUCAGUCUCGUAAUUGUUUUGCUCUACAAACCAUCGAGGAAACAUUGAUUUUUGCAUCCAAAAACUGUCAAGCAUGGGCUGAAGAACUAACAUCAGCCAUCAAAUCCUAUACCAGGCAACCGCCAAGUUUGCUCAAGAUAGAAAUGGUGCUGGGAGAAGGAGAAUGUGUACUGGAUUCUGAAAUUAGGGACCCAAACAAGGCACAAAGCCUGCUCGCGUCAUGUUGGUCGAAAGGAGGUACUUUAAGGAGGGAAGAAGUUCACCAAAUGGCUGAGAGGUGGAGGGCCGGUUUGGUUCUCCGGAAGUUAAAAACCAGCAGCGGUUGGCAAAAACUCUUUGUACUACAUGCCCAUGGACAUUUAUUCUUUUUCAAUUCCCAUAAGGAUCCUUCACCAAUGAUUGCCCUCAAUUUAAUCGAUUAUACGGUAUCUGUCCCAACACUACAAGAUAAUAUCGCCUUCCGAAACGUCGUCAAAUUGUCUCACCAACAAGUUGCGUAUUUUUUCCGCACCGAUUCACACUACGCAUUCUUACGAUGGAUCGAAUCAUUGCAAUAUUCCUGCUCAUCUCGUCGGCCAUUAGAUGCACUUACGGCGUUAUCAGUUCAUUUG